GAAGUAUCACCCUGCUGGGCAGGCAGUUGUUGUUGCAAUAAUAUGAAUAGAACUUCCUUAUAAUUCACUACAUGUGUUUCCUUGAGCUCCUUUGCUAAAUCUACCAAGCGAACAUUUAGAGAAAUAAAGAGAAGCUGAAGAUGGGAUACAUGAUAGUAGAGGAGCACAGCUCCACCCUGCUCCACCUGAAGAGAUCUCCUGGCAUUCGUUCCUGGUCUCUUCUUGUCGGUAUAGCAUCUGUUGGCUUGGCAGCUGCUUACUACAGCUCAGACAGCAUCUUGUGGAAGCUUUUCUACGUGACAGGCUGUGUGUUUGUGGCCAUGCAGAACAUGGAGGAAUGGGAGGAGGCUGUGUUUGACAAAACUAAAAACCUGAUUGAGCUCAAGACGUUUAGUUUGUACGCUUUGGUCCUGACGUUAUGGAGGAAGGGGCAAGAGAGAGUUGUGUUGGAUCUGACAGAGCUGUGUGACGUCUGUGUCCAGGAAGAGAAGGUUCGCUAUUUGGGGAAGGGCUACCUGCUGAUGCUGCGGCUGGCUGCAGGCUUCUCCUACCCCCUGACUCAGAGCGCCACCCUGGGGGGACGCAGUGAUGUGGAGGCGCUGGCUGCCUUACUGAAGCGCUUCCUGGGCCUGGAGGAGCUGCAGCAGCGCCGGCAGCAGGAGGAAGAGGAAGAGUAUGCAGAGGACGAAGAUUCUUUGGACAACAGCAGUGGUUCAGAUGAUGAAGCAGAAAAACUGUGAUCUCUACGUGAUUUGCAACCUCACUGUAACUUUGGGUGGAUUCAUUUAG